AUGCCUCGACAGUUGAAAAUGGACAAUUUUUAUAAAAGUAAAGUUUCCAAAACUUUAAUAUUCGAAAGGGAUGAGAACAUUCAAGUUUCUGUAAAGUGCGAAAUGGAAACACCAAAGAAACGGUUGACUCCAGCUCUUAAAGAGCCUUCCCCAUUUAAAACACCUAAAAUUAAUGAUCAGGAUGUUAUCAGUUUAAUAAGUGAUGAAGAGGAUAGUUUAGAUGUAAAAAAUGAAAUGAAUGACUCAGAUACAACUAUAACUUAUUCACCUGUACAACAAUCACCAACUACUUCCAGUGCAUCUAAAAGCCCUGUGAAAAAGUAUUAUUCACCAAAUAAAAAACGUAGCUUAACCAUUCGUACACCUAAAAGAGUCAGGAAGAAUCUGAAUAAAAUUAUUUGUGAUAACUCAGUGAAUCAUCCACCAAACCGGGACUUUGUUGAGGCCUGUCAAGGACUGGAUGAUAAAACAAUCUUUCUUUUAAGAAUAAUACAUCAGUAUCUAAACAACACAAGAUUAAAACCAUUGCUUGAACAAAGCUCUCAGAACCUUCUUCAAAAAUGCAUGAACCUUGUUAAGCCGGGCUUAAUAGUUAUUUGUCGACUAUAUUGGCGGAAGGAUGGAUGGUACAAACUGGAGAAAAUAGCCAAAGUUAUUCAGGAAAAUAAACAGUCUGUGGAUGAUUUUGCUUUAAAAGAAAUGCUCAAUUCCUUAAUACAAAAUGGUUUGAUUACGGCCAGUCAUAGUAAAAAUAAUUUAAAAUUUGAUGACUAUUAUGACAUGUUAAAUGUUAACGAUGUGAAAGCGAUAUGCAAAGAAUUUAAAUUGAAAUUUACAAGCAAAGACACAGCACGACAGAGUCUUCUUAACUUUUGUAACCAGAAGAGUAUUGGCAAUUAUUUUGGCAUGAGACAAGCUGAUAAUCUUGAUAGGGUUCUCAAUUCAUUGCGUUCAAAAUGUGGGGAAUGUUUCAAACUGAAGAAAAUCACUCGAAAAACCUUGGAUGAAUUACAUGUUCUUAUGUAUUUGGGGAUUGAUAGAAGUAUUUUAGCAGAUAAGAAAUUAGAGCUAACACUUAUCUAUGAUAAGGCAAAAAGGGAGACCUACCCAGUCGAUGAGAAACUAGUUAUAGACAACGCAAGUGUAGUUUUCAAAGAUAGACAUGAAUUUGAAAGAUAUAUUACAGCUAGUAUGGUGUAUGAUGAAUUUUAUAACACAGACAAUUCACUGGAACGAAGAAGAAUUGUGGAAAAUGUGUAUACGCUAUAUCAAGAUAUCAGCAAAUCCGAUAUGACUAGUUAUAAAUCGCUGCCAGUUUGGUUGCGUCGAUUUACACCCGCCCACAUAUACGUUAAGAUAUUAGAAAGUGGUAUACCUGAGUUAAAGAAACCACCGGAGAAGGAGAAGUGCUGUCAGCUGGCUUUAGAUGUAUUUAGCAUGUUGAUAACCCAGGAUGCCUUCCGACAGCACAAGAAAGUAGAGUGGUAUGAUGAGAUCGCGCUUAUUUAUGAAACUCUUCUUGGGGACACUAAUAAGGCGGCUGAAACACUAAUAGAAGGUUUCAAGUUAGAUCUCAAGGAUAGCGAAAUGGAUUGCUUACGAGUGCGCGCGCGCAAACUCGUGAAACGGGUCACGAAUAGGCCAACUGAGAAACUAUGUUCUGUGCUUUCUACGUUUGUACAUAGUGGUCCUAUGGAAAGAACUAUAAAAGCGAUCCACGUACACAAGCAACCAAAAGAAUCCCUCGGAAGAGGAAAAAUAAAAUUUGAGGUUCGACUGCCUCAGAGUCUUAUGGUAAUGGAUGUAGAGGAGUUCUGUAAAUAUCAUUACAUUGAACAGGGGAAAUAUACGCAUGGCGAGCACUGGGAGAGUACUAUGAUAAGAACGCUGUUUGCCCUGCUCUUUUGGGAUGUAAUAUACACAGAGCUAAGAAGCGUCCGCGGCAUUUUCCUCACACGGUUCCAGAAAUACCCCCUGGAUAUGUUCACAGAGAGCUUCUACGCCAACCGACGGUACCUGAUAGACGAUCGCCUAACUCAUAUAGAACAAACUGGUGUUGACGAUCUAGUCGCAUCUAUGAAAAGCACGUGGGACUCGAGGCCGGAAUGUGAAAUAUCGGAUAUACAGCGUAGUAAAAUUAGCUGGGAAAAUGUUGAAGUAGUUACCAAAUGUCUUGGCAGUUACGCUUUAGCCGCCAUCUGUCGACGACUCGCUUUAGACUAUCGUUACAGCCACAGCGGAUUCCCCGAUCUCACAUUGUGGAACCCGCACACUAAACAGAUUAUAUUCGUUGAAGUAAAAACGGAUAAAGACAAGCCGUCAAUAAAGCAAUUGCAAUGGAUGAAAUAUCUCGAAAUGAAUAAUAUUGAUACGGAGUUCUGCUACAUCGGGACCAACACGAUGGCGAAUGGUUCUAGAAAUAAAACUGAAGUUUAA